AUGAAGCUUGAGAUCGUCAGCGCCCUCGGGCUCCUCGCCUCCUCCGGGUCUGCCAUGCCCCAGGCCCCCUCCGGCAGCUCUUGCGAGCAGGUCGAGUACCAGCCUGCCAUGUGCACGGAGUGCUCUGCGUCCUCCACCUCCAACAGGAACAGCAGCGCCAACUCCAACUCCAACCCCAACUCCAGGUUUGGCGCCCUCCUCGGCAAGCUCGGCGCCCGCGCUACCUACGGCGGUACCGGCUCCGACGAGCAGGGCAGCCAGUGCAUCCAGGCCUGUCCCGAGCAGUCCACCCAGUGCGCUCGCUACGAGGCCAGGAACAUCACCGGUGCCACCCGCUACGACCUGAGCUACGAUAGGCAGGAGGUCACCUGCGGCGAGGACAACUUCCGCUACAACAUCCAAGCCUCCAUCGAGAACUGCUCCGGUAACGAUGCCAGCGCUCAGUGCCUGAUUGUUCGCCACGCCGCCGCCGCCGCCGCCGCCGCCGAAAACCAGCAGGAUCAGCAGCGCCAGCAGCAAGGUCAGAGCAAUCAGCGCCAGCAGGACCAACAGCGGGGACAGCGCGUCAGCCCUGACAACUUCCGCAGCGCCAACAACAGCCGUGUCAGCCCCGACAUGUCGCGCAUCGGCAGCGAGAACAGCCAGGGCGGCGCCGACAUCACCCAGCUGAACCUCGGCCUCUUCCAGAACGACUUGGAGAGGCAGAACAGGUACUGA